CUUAUCAAUAUUAUUUAUCACAACUUACAAAUAAUGUAUCACCCGAGACCAACAAAGAAAAGAGUCCCAAGUAUAACACAGUUUUCAGUAAGAAAACCAGGAGCAGCAAGAAGAGUUCACUGAAACUAAUGAUUAUAAAAAGAAAAGUGAUUAGACAUGUAACGGCAAAGAAAAAAACACUAGCAGCACAACAAAAUCUAUCCCAAAACAAAUAG